AAAAAUUAGUAUGCCAUUUAUAUCUUAACGCACCGGAAAACGGGAUAGCUACUUCACACAAACAGUGGAACAUGAUUAGAAACAUUUAAGCAGUACAGUGGUGAAAUGAAGGCUCUAAUUGAUUCUCAAACGAGAGGAAUUGUUCGAUUUACUUUUCAGUAAAUGUUACGCGCGAUGGACGGGAUCCCCGACAAGACACUCCUGGCCAUCGCCAAGGCCAUCUCGAACAAUGAAAAGCUCCUAGCACUCGUACUGGAGUUGGACUUCAGCUACGCCGAUUUCGUGAAUUUUAAAGCGACCAAUCACAGCGGAGGGGAGGUCACCUCGUCUGGGACUAUCUCGAUGAUAUUUACCUGGAAGGAGACAACGAGGCGAGAAGAUCAAGUCAGGGUGUUGUCCAAAGCACUUGAAAAGGUGGGAUUAGUGGAAGUAGUCGAAGAAUAUCUGCUUGUACGAGAUGUAGCAGAUGGGUCGGAACAACCUUUGGGGGAGAGUAACAGUGCUUCGAACCAGGCAGAACCUGUUAGAAGUAGCAAAGGAAACAGAAUCAACCAUUACGUCUCCCAGGAGCAACUGAACAAGAUCUCACGGGAAUUUCCAAAUGAAAACUUCGAAUCCUUCAGCCUAAAAUUAGGCAUCGGGGCGAACCAGGCCAACAACAUCCUGGUGAAACAUUGCAAGGACUACCGGAAGGCCUUGAUGGAAAUCCUCAUGGCCUGGAAGAACAGGACCAGUGGUCCUUGUCAAGACCUAGAAGAUUACUUGAGUGCUUCAGGGGCAGAGGAUUUGAUAGCGAAUAUACUGUAUCGAUAGAGCCCGGGGUCGGUUAUGAGCCAAGAGACCGAACUCCGACUAGACCAAAAUGUAGGUCUCGUGGGCCUACUGUAUAGGCUAAUCUAAAGGUGUGUGAGAACGACGGCCUAACAACUGCCACGAAAUCAACAGUCCUUGAUUCCCUCCAGACUUUUACAAUUUCUCACAACUUUUCGGACGACCCAGAGUUACCAGAAAAAUAUAUUCGGUCUCGAGGAUUGUGGAUCUCGUUAUCAUUCUGUCGGUCUCUUGGACUGUGAGUCUGAUGCACCAUCGCUCUCUUGGACUGUCGGCCUCGCGGGUUGUGUGUAUCGUCGGCAGUGUGCCUACCACUACCAGCAUAUACUCGCCAUGCUGCACCCGGACUGCCUAUAAUCAACGUCUAAAAUUUACAGAUUAUAAAACGCAACACUAAAAAAUAAAGGCUGACAUAAAUGCAGCAGUACAAAAAUCCAAAGAACAUAUCAAGUUCAUCUCUCAUAUAGAAAAUAAGAAUUAGCGAAGUUAGUAAUGAUAACGUAGUCAUGGAAUAUGUAUAUAUCAUUGGCUAAUUUUUCCUUUUUAGUACUACUUUUUAUGAGAUAUGUUAAAGAAUAUAGACAAAAAACGAUCGCAAUUACUUUUGAAUUGUUAAAUUACAGGUCAUUUCAAUAAGCUUGUCUGUCACUUUUUAAAAUGUGCGAGCAUUACAGUACGUAAUCCGAACUUGAGUUGUGUAGGAUAUAUAUAUAUCAUCCCGGGUGAAUAUAUGGAUAAUAAAUUGGACAUACGUCAAGGAAAUACUAUUAAAACAGUUCAAAUUCAAAUUGGUCUAUAAGUUAUUCGCACGUGAAGGAAUACUUAUAUCGUUUUAAAAUAUCUGAUCAUGUUGUUGUUAGAAGUGCAAUUGCACAGAAAAUUAUUAUCAUUUAUUUUAUGAUUGUGAAUAAUCCAAAAUGUUUUGGAACAAAGUCUCAACAUUUCCCAGAAUAACAACACUUUUGUUUUAUAAUGAACAAAAUUAUUACAGUGAUAUAAUUGUAGGCAUGCAAUGUGAUUAUUUAAAUUCAAAAUAUGUAGUUUUUAAAAAUCUAUUUAUUAUUUUUUGC